AUAGAGGCUUUUCUUCCAUCAGAUUGGAAUAUAUUCAACCUCCAUUGGCAUUUCCCCACAUUCUUCCACCCGAGCGGCCGAGCCCGAGGGAUCCCCUCGUUGAGUCUGUAAUUAAUAUUAGUCAUCGUUAUUAUCUGUCCCAUCUUUCCCCAAAGGCCAAAGCGGGAUACUUCUAUUCCUCGAGUCGAGACAGAGCUGCCUGGUAAUGCCAAGGACCUGAAGCAACAGUAGCCAUGGUGGCCGAGUCGACUCGUUUCGAGGAUCGGGUGCUAGAGACAGUGAAAUGUUGCCAAGAACGGAAAGACCCACCUUUAGUAUGGGCUAUGGAGGUCUCCAAAUGUGUCAGAGAGGCUGGGUUCAGCCUCCCCAGCCCUGAAUUAGGUGUGGUGUUGGUUUCUAGCCUCUGCUUCAGCAAUAACAACCCUUACCUCUGGAAAUUUCUCGACCAAGCUAUCUCCUCCGGCCUCCUCUCUUCCCUACAAGUUCUCGCCCUCCUUACCUCCAGGGUGAUUCCUCAUCGUCGAACUCAACCAGAGGCUUAUAGACUCUAUCUUGAACUUCUCAGCCGAUAUGCUUUGUUCCUUGCUCCAGUGGGAACAAAUCCCUGCAGGGAGAAGAUUGUAAUAUCUGUUGAUGAUGCCCUAGAGCUUUCAAAGAAUUAUGGGUUUCAUGUAGUGGAGUUUGGACAGGCAGUAGUGCUAUUUCUAUUUACUGUCAUAAUCAAUUUAAUUGACAGCACAAUGGAUGAUUGGGGUUUGCAACCUGCAUCAGUUGGCAAAAUCAGUGGCUUAUUUGGAGGUGGAGAACACCAGGACAUGGAUAUAGAUUCUAAAGGGAAUCAAAAUGACAAAAGAAGGGAACACUGUGAACUGCUAAAGAAAACAAAUGCUUUUAUGACUAUGGAAGUGUUGGGAAAACUGACUGAAAACAGAAAAGUGAUGGUUCUACUUCGUCUUGUCCACUUGAACAUGGCUGAAAAAUUCAAUGGCCUACUGCAGAGGAUUCAGUUUCUUGAAUCUCAUAAAUCGGUGUCCCCAAAUAUAAAAUCCUCAAGUCAGAUUUUGGUAAGGCUCUCUGCAAACAUAAAGAGGGGUCUGGAUUUGGAAUAUCAAUUGAACAAGCGCCAGCUUUUUGGAGUGAUGAUUGAUAUUGGAUCAUGUAGCUCAGCAUCUAGUUACAAUUUUGGAGCUGGUCGGGCUGCCUGUUGGGUUCCUUUUGAUAUAUACGUGGAGACUGCAAUGGAUGGGAGACAGCUCCCUGCAACAUCGGCUGUUGAUGUACUUACAGACUUAACCAAAACACUCCAAGUAAUUAACCGGGCAAGCUGGCAAGAGACCUUCCAAGCACUCUGGGUUUCAGCCCUUCGGCUUGUUCAGCGAGAGCGUGAUCCUCUGGAAGGGCCUAUUCCACAUCUUGAUGCACGUUUCUGUGUUCUUUUGUGUGUUGUUCCCUUGGCUAUUGUUCAUGUUUUGGAGGAUGAAAGGGAAGGUACUUCAUCUGGGAAUAUGGGGACCAAUUGUAAUCAUGGAAUGGGUGGGACUGACUAUGCUUCCAGAAGACAAGGAUUGGUUGCAUGCCUUAAGGUUCUUGGGCAGUUUUCUGGUCUGUUAUCUCCUCCUUUAUCAAUUGCUAGUGCAGCUAAUAGUGCUGCUUCAAAAGCAGCGAAUUUUAUUUCAAAUUUCAGGAACGGGAAUGAUGGUUUUAGUGGAAGUGGCCAUGGUGAUAAUUGUGUUAAAGCAGGGGGAAACAUGCUUCAUCUCAUAGUUGAAGCUUGCAUUGCAAGAAAAUUGAUCGACACUUCAGCAUACUUUUGGCCUGGUUAUGUGUCUACAUCAUCAACCUCACUUUCAGAUUCAUCACCAGUUCAAGUAUCUCCUUGGUCGGCCUUCAUGGAUGGAGCUAACCUAGCUGGUCCCCUAAGAAAUGCCCUAAUUGCAACCCCUGCUUCCAGCUUAGCGGAGAUCGAGAAGUUAUAUCAUAUUGCAAUAAAUGGGUCUGAGGAGGAAAGAUCAGCUGCUGCAAAGAUUCUAUGUGGUGCAUCUCUCAGCCGUGGUUGGAAUAUUCAGGAACACGUGGUGCAUUUUGUGGUCAGGCUUCUAUCUCCUCCAAUACCUCCCAAUUUUAGUGGACCUGGGAGUCAUUUAAUAGAUUAUAUGUCAAUGCUGAAUGCUAUCCUUUUUGGGGUGUCUUCUAGUGAUACUAUCCAUAUUCUCUCUUUGCAUGGUUUGGUCCCAGAAGUUGCAGCUUCAUUAAUGCCACUUUGUGAAGCUUUUGGAUCACUUGUACCCACAUCAUGUCAGAAAUCAAGUACCGGUGAUGAGAUUUCAGCUUAUACAACCUUUUCCUGUGCAUUUCUCCUUCUUCUUCGGUUGUGGAAAUUCUAUAGACCCCCUCAUGAGCACUGUAUUACGGAACAUGGUGGAACAACUGGAUCCGAGCUUACUCUGGAGUAUCUUUUAUUACUGCGCAACAGUCGCAUUGCACCACAUAAUUCUAAGCCCCUGGACAACACUAAGAAAGUUUCUAAUCUGCCUGAACCAUCAUCUGCUUAUCCCAUUUACAUUGACUUCUACCCAAAACUGCGAUCCUGGUAUUGUCAAAACAAAGCUUGUAUAGCCUCAACUCUCUCUGGCCUCUGUAGUGGUAGUCCAGUUCACCAAAUUGCCAAUAAGGUUUUAAGUAUGAUUUGCCGGAAAAUGACUAAAGGUGGAACUGUGUCCGGCAAUGCUUCAACACCCUCAAGCAACAGUGCGAGUGGAUCCCCUGUAAGUGCUGGAGAAGAUGCUUACCAGAGACCAAUGCUCCCUGCAUGGGAUAUUUUGGAAGCUACACCUUUUGUUCUUGAGGCAGUAUUAACUGCCUGUGCCCAUGGGAGGCUUUCAUCACGAGACUUGACAACAGGCCUGAGUGACCUUGUGGAUUUCCUGCCAGCUUCUCUUGCAGCUAUUGUUACUUACUUCUCUGCUGAAAUUACUCGUGGUAUUUGGAAACUUGUUUCAAUGAAUGGAAUAGAAUGGCCUAGUCCAGCAGCAAAUCUUCUUUCAAUUGAAUCUGAAAUAAAAGAAAUACUUGCUGCUGCUGGCAUUAAUGCUCCUAACUGUUAUACAGAAGGUCCACCUGUGAUGCUUCCAUUGCCAAUGGCAGCAAUGCUCAGUUUAACCUUAACAUUCAAACUUGACAAGAACUUGGAAUAUAUCCACACUGUUGCUGGAUCUGCACUGGACAAUUGUGCAUCAAGUUGCCCUUGGCCUAGCAUGCCAAUUAUUGGAGCUUUGUGGGCUCAGAAGGCCCGCCGGUGGCAUGACUUCAUUGUCGUUUCAUGUUCUCGUUCUGCAUUUAAACAGGAUCAGGCAGCUGUUGCUCAGCUCCUCAGGAGUUGUUUCACUUCCUUCCUUGGAUCACCACAUGUCACAGUCUCUCCAAUGACAGCUCAGAGGGGUGUGAAUGGUCUCUUGGGCAGCAAGAUCUCAGCAUGUGGAAUUCGCCCUUCCAUAGCACCUGGUUUCCUCUACCUCCGCACAUGUAGGACGAUACACAAUGUUCAAUUUGUGAAUGAUGUGAUUCUAGGACUUGUUUCCAAGUCAGCUCAAGAAUCAGCUGCAAGGUGGGCCUGUGCCAACUCCACCCGUUUGAAGUCUAGUCGGGUAUCACUGGCCUCUGCGACAUCCUGGGCAAAGGAGGUGGCCACACUAGGUGCAAGCCUUCUAUGUGUGGCAGGUGGUGUCCAGCUUGUCCAAGUACUGUACAAGGAGACUAUACCCACAUGGCUGCUAUCAACGAGGGAAGAGAAACCUACUGGCGUGGGUCCUGUGUCCAGAAUUCUUGAGGGAUAUGCAGUAGCUUAUCUGGUGUUCCUGUCAGGAUCUUUUGUCUGGGGUGUUGGGGCCACGUCCUCUACAAGGGCACACUCUAGACGAGCCCGCAUUGUGGGAGUUCAUGUGGAUUUCGUUGCUGGGGCACUAGAGGGAAACAUAUCACUGGGUUGUGAUCCUACAACUUGGAAGGCAUACGUAUCGUGUUUUGUAGGUUUAGUAGUACAUUUUGCUCCAGCUUGGAUACAAGAGGUGAGGCAAGAGAUCUUAAGGAAAUUGGCCAAUGGAUUGAGAGGGUGGCAUGAAUGUGAGCUGGCUCUUGCCCUUCUCGAAAGAGGAGGAAUUGCGACCAUGGGAUAUGUAGCUGAAUUAAUCCAUGGGAUAUGUUGAGGGAGCUUGUGUAAGUUGAUCAAAGACCAUGUCAAUUUGCACACUCAUCCGGCCAGCCUUGUCAUCUCUUUUUUGUGUUUCGUUUUAUGAAAUUAUUAGAAUAGUUCUUUCAUUCGUAAAAGAUUCAUAUUGCCUCUGUUAGGUCGAAUUCAGAUGUUCCUACUUACCACAAGCAACAGCGAAGGACAAGGAGAGAGGAGGCCUACGAUAUGGUCAACCUGGUUAUAUUUUUCUUUCUUAUAGAUAAUGAUAAACAUAAAUAUUAAGGAGGAUACCAUCCCUAGAGCAUCUAUUGGCCAUUUUAGGGUCACUGGUCAUCGGUCACCCUUCAGGCCUUCAAAUGAGAUAGGAGGCUUAUAGUUAUAUAACCAUCCUAUCUCUAUAAGAGGAGUCCACCUCUUGAUCUGCAUUUCUUUCAAAUUUCAACUACUGACUGUUUAAGUGUUUAAUUUCGGCCAUGGCCCUUCAACCCCAUGAUUCUGUGUCUGUAUGUGUCUGUGUGGAGGGAGGGGAUAUGGAUUUAAGUUAACCAUGGAUUGGUACUGGAUGGAAGUUGGGGUUUCAAAUUUCAAUUGAUAUGGGUCCAUAUGUGAUGUAAUGUAC